AUGGCUUCUUCUUGCCUUGUAUGCGCUCCCCCCUCUGCAAUCAUGCAGCUCCCCGGCUUCAAAAUCGCUAAACCAAUUAUAUUUUCGAUCUCAAAUCAAAGAAUUCCAGCGAAAUCGUCUCGUUCACUGGUCUUAAAAGCUAUAAAAGAAUGGCACAAGUACGAGGAUGCCGUGAGGGAGAAAGUCCUUGCUCGGGUCCUCCGGUUUUUGAAAACCAUGGAAACUCGCGCUUCUUCGGCCAAAUCCCGUAAAUCCGCCGAUAGGAUUUCGGAAAUCCCGGAUUUCCUACGAAUAGGGGUAAUUUUCCGUGCAGCUUUCAAGAUUUUGUUUUACAUUUUAGGCGGUUUGGCUGGAUUUCGCUCAAAUCCGCAUAAAGCUUGCUACCAAACAGCCCCUAAACAUUAUCCUCUUCGUGCACAGCAUGGCAGAAUCCGAGCACGGCAUCCUCAAAUCCGUCGAACUACGCCUUCUUCGCUGCACCAUCUCUCUUGCGAUCUCCCUCUUCCUUCAUGUUCUCCAUAUUCCAACCCGGAAAACACUCUCGAUCCUCUAACAUAUGACGCACCCGGUGCCAUCGAACGUGGGGAUUACGCGGCGGCACUCUCAUCAGACGCUGCCCGUCUUGUUUUCAGCUUUGCGAAUUCCUGUGAGUUCGACGACUCAACCACUUCCGCCGCGCUUUUCUACAGCCAAGUAGAAAGGAGCAUCGACGCUUUCUUUGCGACGGUGCCUCCGAGGAACCCUGGCUGCGAGUUCUCGACGCGAGGGUUGAUGCCAACACGGAGUAUAGGGUUGCGGUGGUGCUUUGUCUUGGAGUUGCAGCCCUUCUCGCUUUCCUGCAACAGAAUGUGCCGGGCCUGUUGGAAAGUUUUCUUAUUUCCCUCUGCCAUUCGGCUGUUUUGGGGAAUUUGGGAACGUUGGAAAUGGUGCAGAAUGCGAUUCAUGGGCUCGGAAUCAACUUCCAUCUGUUGGCUGUGAUCUGCUGGGGAAAUUUUACUUUUUGCAGGU